AUGAGGACUACGUCAGUGUAUUUUCUCAUCUCCUUCCAAACUAACCUUUCAGUAGGGUUGUCCAUCAUCCCACAAGACCACCUCCUGGUAUUAAAAGACUUGAUAAGGCUGCUUUUUCCUCCUCACCCGCUGCUGGACCUCAUCAUAAGUACUACAUUCAAACCGAAGUUCAAAAUUGGAGGCUGCGCAGGCGCAGAUCACACGCGCGGACUACACGAGCCCGCCCCCUCGCCGGAACUACCUCUCACCCAGCUGCGCGUGCGCAGGCGCCACCGGCUCGGCAUCAUGACCGUAUUCAGUCUCUCGGGUUUAUUGGGCCGAGUCCAUGCGACCGCCUGGGGAGCGGCAAAGUCACCUCUCCUCUGUGAUGCUUUGAGGAGAAUUGGUUCUUCGCCAGGAGGGAAGUCUGAGCCCACCAAACCACCCAUCAAGAAGCCCACACUGCCGCUAGGUCGUUUUGAUGCGCCCGAGGAUUCUCAUGUGGAACAGGAGCCUCUGACAAAAUUUCCAGAUGAUGUUAAUCCAGUUACCAAAGAAAAAGGUGGACCCAGGGGCCCAGAACCUACACGAUACGGAGAUUGGGAACGAAAAGGACGAUGUAUUGAUUUUUAAGGCAUAUUCUUUAACUUUAUGAUCAUUCUCUGAAUAUGUACAUCUGAAUUUCUUAUUUCAGAUUACAUUCUUUCUUUUACAUCCUUUAAAUUAUCUCGUGUGUAUGUGUGUGUUACUGAAAAUGGAGCCCAGGGCCUUGUACAUCUAGGCAAGUGCACUGAGCUGCAUCUUCAGCCCCAAAUCAUCUAAUUUCUAUCACAUGUUUAAAUAUGUGUAUGAUGACUUUGGAAGAAAAUAUGCUUCUGUGAACUAGGAAAAAAAUUUUUACAUUAGGCUUAUUAACAUUAACAAAUACAUUGGGGUAUGUAAAGGAUUAUUAGAGCUGUAUACUUCAUAAUUUUUUAAUUUAUGUUAAUGAGUUGCUUGUAAAAUACUUAUGUAAAUAAAAUAUUUUAAGUGAUUAUGACACUA